UGAGAUAUGUACUGUAUGUGUGUCUGUGGCUGUAGGCAGUACAUGGUAGCCAUUCCUGCAAUUCUUGAAUCUGGAGCUGAGACCAAAGUCUGUGCGAGUCUCCUGCAGCCCAGCGAGACUCUGGAAAUGAGCGUCACUCUGAUGUCCCAAGAGAAGAAUACAACCCUUCUGAAGGAGACGUCCAGUAAAGAAUUUCAUACCUGCUCUGAAUUUAAGGUUCCUUUAGUGCAGGAUGAAGUGGUGCAGAACUUUGAGGUGGAGGUACGAGGCGACACAUUCUACUCUAAAGAAGUCCGAAAAGUUCAGAUCAAAGUCUAUCGACCAAUGACAUUCAUCCAAACAGAUAAACCAAUCUACCUCCCAGGACAAACGGUGCAUUUCAGAGUCAUCACACUGGAUACCAAGUUUAGACCUGUCAAUCAGCUGUACGAUACAAUUGAAAUUGAGGAUUCUAACAGCAACAGGAUUGGACAGUGGCUGAAUGAAACAUCCAAUAGUAAGAUAUUGCAGCUUUCUUACGCCUUGAACUCUGAGGCCCGUCAAGGAGCCUACCAAGUUACUGUGUCGAUUGGGUUAGAUCAAAUACAACACAGCUUCAAGGUGGAAAAAUACGUUUUGCCUAAAUUUGAUGUAAAAUUAAAUGCAUUUGAUGAAGUAAGUAUUAAUCAGGAAGAAAUUGAAGCUGAAGUAUGUGCAACGUAUACAUACGGACAGCCUGUGCCAGGCAGUGUUGACUUUAAGGUGUGCCGACCUUUAGAUGCUUAUGUUGGUAUACCCCUUGUAAUCACCCGUGAACAUCCAGAGGGAAUCCCUGAAAUACAGAUGCCUUGCUACGAGGAGACAAAGCAGACGGAUAAGAGAGGCUGUGCCACUUUUAUCUUCACAAUGUCAACUUUCACGAAAAUUGACCAAAACGUGCUGCGAGAUGUACUGCAACUCAGUGCAAAUAUGGAAGAGGAGGGGACAGGUAUUUCACGCUCCCAAGAGAAGACUACGGUGAUUUCAUAUGUUGUUGGAAAGCUGUCUUUCACUGACACUCCCAAGAUUUAUAACAAAGGAUCAAAUGUGGAAGGAAAAGUUAAAGCAGUUUAUUACAAUAAUACACCCAUUCCUGACAUGCCGGUGUUCCUGUUUGAGGGUGAAAGGUGGUCAGCGCGUUGGUUACAGAAUCUCACAACGGACAGUGAUGGUGUCGCCACUUUCUCAUUAAGCACAGCUGACUUUGAAGGGGACAUCCACUUACAAGUAAGAAGUAGAAACUACAAUCUGUAACCCAACAUUUGCCAGCCACAUUAUAAAACUUUCAUGAAGAUGAUAAACAGUCCAAAAUCUAAAACCUAAAAUGGUUUCUCAAUAUGCUGCAACUGACCAAUGUACCAUAGGAACUGUCUACUAUGUCUAUACCUAAACAUUUGUGUUGGCUGAAAAAAACUGAAGCUUUCUUCUGCUUCAACCACCAUGAUCACAUUUAUAUUUUUUCUUUUUUCUCUCUGCUCUCUAGAUUAGCGACACACCGACACUGGGCUACCCUCCUUACAGAACGCCAUACUAUGAUUCUAAAGAUCACACAGUGUCUUUGGCCACACUUUCUUCUCCUGAUACUAAAACAGUCAGCUUCCUGGACGUGAA